AUGAAUGAUCCAGAAUUAGAAAGAAUUCGGCAGCAGCGCUUAGCUGAACUGCAAGCUCAACAUGGAGGUGGAGAUCCUUCUCAGGCUAAAGCUCAACAAGACCGAAUGCAGGCCAUGGAAGAGGCAAAACAUACAAUACUAUCUCAAGCAUUAAGUCAAGAUGCUAGAGCUAGACUGAAUAUAAUAAAGUUAAGUAAACCGGAAAAGGCAAGUAUGGUUGAAAAUAUGAUCUGCAGAAUGGCUCAAAUGGGACAGUUAAGCACGAAGAUAUCUGAACAGGAGCUUAUUCAAUUAUUAGAGUCGGUGAAUCAACAAAUGCCUAAAUCAACUAGCACAGUCAAGUUUGAUAGAAGAAGAGCUGCCCUUGAUUCAGAUGAAGAUGAUUUGUAG